GAGGGAUGCAUGGCAGGACGCCACUGAUGAAGGCAGCUGUCACUGGACAUCAAAGUGUGUUUGACCUCCUUGUGUCAAACCAAGCUGACCCGACACUGGUUGAUACAUCUGGUGAUAGUUUACUUCAUCUUGCCUGUCAGGGUGGGAACACUGCUAUAGUACAACACCUCCUGUCUCCCUCUAACAUCAACAGUAGAGGUGAGUAUGGCUGGACGCCACUGAUGAAGGCAGCUGUCAAUGGACAUCAAAGUGUGUUUGACCUCCUUGUGUCAAACCAAGCUGACCCGACACUGGUUGAUACAUCUGGUGAUAGUUUACUUCAUCUUGCCUGUCAGGGUGGGAACACUGCUAUAGUACAACACCUCCUGUCUCCUUCUAACAUCAACAGUAGAGGUCAGCUUGGAAGGACGCCAGCGAUGAUGGCAGCUGCCAGUGGACAUCAAAGUGUGUUUGACCUCCUUGUGUCAAACCAUGCUGACCUGACACUGGUGUCUACAUAUGGUGAUAGUUUACUUCAUCUUGCCUGUCAGGGUGGGAACACUGCUAUAGUACAACACCUCCUGUCUCCUUCUAACAUCAACAGUAGAGGGAUGCAUGGCAGGACGCCAGCGAUGAUGGCAGCUGUCGGUGGACAUCAAAGUGUGUUUGACCUCCUUGUGUCCAACCAAGCUGACCUGGCACUGGUGUCUACAUCUGGUGAUAGUUUACUUCAUCUUGCCUGUCAGGGUGGGAACACUGCUAUAGUACAACACCUCCUGUCUCCUUCUAACAUCAACAGUAGAGGUCAGCUUGGAAGGACGCCUGCCAUGGUGGCAGCUGUCAGUGGACAUCAAAGUGUGUUUGACCUCCUUGUGUCCAUCCAAGCUGACCUGACACUGGUGUCUACAUAUGGUGAUAGUUUACUUCAUCUUGCCUGUCAGGGUGGAAACACUGCUAUAGUACAACACCUCCUGUCUCCUUCUAACAUCAACAGUAGAGGUCAGCUUGGAAGGACGCCAGCGAUGAUGGCAGCUGUCGGUGGACAUCAAAGUGUGUUUGACCUCCUUGUGUCCAACCAAGCUGACCUGACACUGGUGUCUACAUCUGGUGAUAGUUUACUUCAUCUUGCCUGUCGUGGUGGGAACACUGCUAUAGUACAACACCUCCUGUCUCCUUCUAACAUCAACAGUAGAGGUCAGCUUGGAAGGACGCCAGCGAUGAUAGCAGCUGUCAGUGGACAUCAAAGUGUGUUUGACCUCCUUGUGUCCAACCAAGCUGACCUGGCACUGGUGUCUACAUGGCUGUUCUUCCACAUGCUUCUGUUUGUAGCGGGGGUACAGCUGGAGUGUAAUUGA